CGACGGAAGGCCCAUCCGAUGGCGAUUCUACACCACAACAGUGGCUGCCGGGAAAAUCUCUAUUUUCAGUCUGAGAUCUGGGCCAAACAGUAAUAGUCGGUUGGUUGGUGUGCAGUAGCAGCAGCAACGGCAGGCAACCAGAUAAUCAUGGUGCGCUAAAAUCUCUCCCAUUUUUUCAAACUCAUUAGAUUCGGUUAGUGUUCCCGAAGAAUACGCGCGUUUUUUGACUGCGCACGAACUCUCCAAUAACAAUCCACCGCGUCCGAGGAAUCUUCGUUUCCUGAACACAAUAUCCGCACCAGAACGCUGAGAGAGAAUUUCAGCCGCUACUCAUCUUGGUUGUGAUUCGGAUCAGUUUGAAUCGUGCGUGCGUGCGUGAAAGUCGGCGACGAUGGCGUGCGAGUGAAUGGCGAACUUGAUUAGCAUUCAAAUCGGCGCUAAAUUUGGUGCUUAUUUUGGGAGCAGAAUUUUAUGCAUUUGUCGUUUGAGUGUGAGAAAUAACAUUGUAUCAAAGUGAUCGAGUGCUGUAUCAUCAUCCUCACACAUAAUCUAGCAAAAUAUUUUGUAUCUUGUUGUCUGCAGAAAAAUCUUUCGGUGCACUAAUGAAUCAUUUCACUUCGACGGAAAGUGUCGUGCAGAAAAAUCAACAGAUUUCGUCCCAUACGUAUCGGUUGUAUUGUCUUCGAGGAUUAUUUUUACAGCGCUUCUGACUUGUCCCAUAAAUUUAGGGGGAAAGUUAUCUAUAUUUUCAUCAAUUUCAACUGGUCUCAGAUGUGUGAUGUCCUGUGGGAAUUUUUCUUCGUUGCAUUCCAAACGAAAACAGCACAUUUUGACCUGUUCUGCUCGACUUUUAAUAAUACUAACUGAGUUGUUCAAAUUCUAUCUAUAGUACUUUUCAGAAAGAAUACGUGAAAAUAAUUGUGUUUACGAGUUCAAAACGUUGUGUAUGUAUCAUUUGGAAAGCAUUGGUUUUGAUUAGCUACAACUACAGUUAGAACCACCAAUAAGAAGAAUUAUUAUGAAAAUGUGACUUUCAACCCACGAAGCGACGGAUGAUGUGAUAUGAGAUAAGUUUGAGUGUUUAAAAAUAAGUAUCUUCGACAACCACCGCUAGUGAAUAAGAGCGUUCGAAAGUGAUUUCCUACAUUGUGUGCAUGCUGCUUAUAACAAAGUGCAUCUAAAUAGAAGAAAAAGUCAAAAAGUUUGUGAUAAAAGUGGGUCACGACGAAGACACCCCCCAAUACACUUCUAACGAGUAAGAAGGUGAAAAUCGUUUACACGCGUGAGCAUCACCCAUCGAGAAGAUAAAAGAAACCUCACUCGGAAGGUGUUCAAGCCGUCUGCCAAUCAGCGCCAAUUUGCCAAAGUAAAUCUAUCGUGAAGCUGCUCGUCGUCGGCUUUCGCGAACAAAAAUGUCCACUUCGUCGAUUGGCCGCGAAGAGGAGCGGAAACCGCUAAUGGAGGAAUUCUACCGGCAACGACGGAUACUGCUCGGUUGCACUCUGCUGAUCGGUCUCGCUGUGAUAGUGUGGAUCGUUGCCAUCUCGACCGAUCAUUGGUUCAUCGUAACAGGUGGUCAAGGCAUUUUCAUACCGGAAACCCGGCGCUAUUUCAAAUCGUCACACUCAGGGCUGUGGAAAAUAUGUCGAUACGGAGUGACGCCGACGGUUCUGGCCCACUCGAAUGCCACCCGCAAUUUUACCACUCUUUCCUACAUCAACGAGAACCGCAUCGACAACAUGAAAAAGACAAUCUCCAAGGAGGACUACAUUAAAGACUUUAUCGCCGAGGAGCUGCGGGUGGACAACCUGACGGAAAUCGAUGACAACUUCCGGCGACACCUGUUCGCGUACUGGAUCAAAGACGACAUGGAACACUUCAACGCACUCAAGAGCGUGUAUCACGAAAUGACUUCGCGGCACAGCCAACAAGAAAGUGUUUCCGCCCAAAAGUUGAAAAAUCCGCCCCUGAUGAUGUUGGAUCCGACGGACAUUAGCUCCCUCAAGGAAACGGUUGGCGUGUCAGGUGCGCUAACGACGGUGACGAUAAACUCGACGGAAAUUAAUGUCCUGGUGCCGCAAACUUUACGGGAUGCCCUGUUCGACGAAUGGGAACACAAAGCGGGGGUGAUCUAUCUGCUGUGGAGCUUCUCGAAGGCGAUGGACAUCCAACCGUUCAUUACCAGCCCGGACGGCACCAAGUACAUCAUUAGGCCACCGCUGCCACCGAAAAAGGGACGCAUCGGAAAUGGAUAUGAGUACGUUCCGUUCAAGAAAUGUAAACUUCAUGAUCUCUUCCCAACCGAGGAAACCAUUCGGCAAGAUCCUUCGAUAGACGACGAAAUAUUAGACUACAGCCGUACGGAAGCGUCGUUCGCCUGCAUUACGCUGUUCAUCAUGGUGAUGGGUUUCGUGUUCUCCGUUUACACCUUCCUGAACCCUCGGUACAUGUUCAAGCGAUUAGCAGGUGGCAUCCACUUCAUUUCGGCGUCCACAAGCAUCGUAGUCAUUCAGGUCCUUAUAGCGUCCGUUGAGUACGAAAAGGAAAACAUAACCUAUACCUUCCCGAAAGGUGCCAAAUCUAGCUACGGAUACGGGUUCUUCUUGGCAUGGUCCGUGUUCCUAUCUAAUCUUUACGCCGGACUAGCCUUUAUGUGGUACUCCAAGAAGAAGAAGGGCAACAAAGCAGCCACCGAGGAACUUGGCAUGGCCGACGAGCCUAUCAAUAUCGGACGAUAAGUGAGCUAUUUAUUAAGCUAUCUCAGUUUACCCUCGAAUGCCAAAGUUAGAACCGAAAACAAUAAACAAGAAACAACUUUUGAAAUAAACUCUUACAAUCUAUCGUUAGAACUGACAGCGCGUUAUGUGUAAAAAUGGAACCAGCGAAACUUUACAUUUUGCGGUAAGAAAAUCAAACGUUGCACAUUGUGUCGAUCAUCAAACUAAAAAAUUCUAAAUUUUCCAAUACAUUUUGACCACUACAUCUGUCGUUUCAAAUAUAACACGUUAAGCAAGUGCAAAGACAUAUAUGAAAAAAUGUAAAUAUGUUUUUUUAAUUAUCUGUGUAGGUUAAGUGACGAUGAAUGAAAAGUCGCCUAAAUUGCAAUUUUACGUUUGAUAGUAAUACACAUCCCUAAACAUGUUUUUCGAUUAUUAAAAAUAACAGCAAUACUCAACCCUAUCGACCGUCGAACAAAAUAAACAAGACAUUUUUGUAAUGACACGCGUUUACCUAUACUUCAUUGCGAAUAUCUCUAUAAAUAACUGCGAUUUGUUAUCUCUUUUUAUUUUCUAACUGUUACUCGAAAUAAAUAUUAUUCAACGAAUUAA